AUGGAGGCUCAAUGCCCUCUCCUCCCCGACGACGUCAUCGAGGGUAUCUUCACGCGGCUGCCGGCCAGUUUAGUCCUCGGGUGCCGCGGCCUCUCACGGGGCUGGGCGGCCGCGCUCUCCUCCGACGACUUCGUUGACCGCCACCGCCGCGCCGCCAACCGGCACGGUGGCCCCAGGUUCUUCCUUUUUCAGAGCUCGUGGAAGACCAACACAACGACAACCACGGCGCACGCGUGGUCGCCUGCCCGGCCCGUCGACGGCGUCGUGCCGCUGCCGCGGAUCACCAUGCCCCUACGCUACCCCACCAUCAUCACGCAGCACUGCCGCGGGCUCGUCCUCGUAGACGACGGUCACGUCGAGGGGUCGCGCUGCGUGUACAAUCCCUCCACCGGCCACAUCGCGCGGCUCCCGCCGUGCCACUGGCGGGCGGGCCGCACUCUUCCGGCGCAGGGGCGCUACGAGAGCUUUGGCCUCGGCUACGACGCGCGCAGCGGCAAGCACAAGGUGGUGCGCGUAUACUACCGUGGAGACAAGAUCCCCGUCCUCGUUCAGGUCUACGUGCUGGACCAAGAGGGGUUCUGGCGCGCCGGCAGCGAUCGACUGCCCCGAGGCGACGAAGCCGCCCGGCUGGGUGAGCGAAAGAAGAGUCCGAAGAUGGACUCGCACUGGAGGGUGACGCGCCGGGGACUCAUCGUCUCCUUCUCAGUUGCCGACGAGACUUUCGGGGUCGUGCCGCUGCCUCCGCGCGUGGACUACCUCGGAGAGUACCGACUGACAGAGCUCGAAGGGCGCCUGUGUCUCUUCAACCCCAUCGCCGACAGCAUCCACCGCGAUCGCCGGUCAUACGACUUGUGGUUGCUGCGCGACGACGAGGCCGGUGCAUGCGAGUUGCGCUGCCGCAUAGACCCAAACACGGCGUCGCCGGAGGUCGCUCGGUCCAUACUCUCUCGCAAAGCCAGUCCGGUCGCCUCCAUGGACGACGGCCGCCGCAUACUAUUUAUAAAAAAGAGCAUCAAGCGGUGGGCAGCCGGCCCCUUCGCGUACACGCCAUCAACCGGCAACGUAGAGCGCCUGCCCUACAGCCACAUGUGUUCAGCCACGCUGUACGAGGAAAACGUUGUAUCCCCCGGCAGGCCGUACGAGGACAUCCUCUUCUUGCCGGCGGCGACACAGGCCCUUUGCGUGCACUAG